UUCACGCGUCCCCAUCCUGCCUCGGUUCCUCAUCAUUGUCCAUCAGCUGUGGAUCCAGAGAGAGAAUGCUCCAGACUAACGCUGAGGCCCUGGGAGUCUUCCUGGCCUUUCUGCUUAGUCUCCCAGGAUCUGGGGUCAUCAAAGCCGACCACGUGGCAAUGUACGACAUAUUCGCCCAGAUGUGGCAGCCGUCGGGUAACUGUGUGUAUGAGUUUGACGGCGACGAGCAUUUCUACGUGGAUCCGGACAGGGAGGAGACGGUCUGGGGCCUGGAGGACUUCAGCAAGGCCUACGCCUUUGACGCCCAGGAGGCUCUGUCCUACAUCGCCAGCCUGAAGAACAACCUGAGAGCCCUGAUACAGAGACACAACUUCACCCAGGCCCCCAGUGAGCCUCCCGAGGUGACCGUGUUCCCCAAGAAGCCGGUAGAGCUGGGCCAGCCCAACGUCCUCAUCUGCCACGUGGACAGGUUCUUCCCCCCAGUGCUCAACGUCACGUGGCUGCGUAACGGGCAGCCGGUCACGGAAGGGACUUCGGAGACCACCUUUCUGCCCAGCACGGAGCUCAGGUUUCACAAGUUCCACUACCUGACCUUCGUGCCCUCCCCUGAGGACGUGUACGACUGCAGGGUGGAGCACUGGGGCCUGGAGCAGCCGCGCCUCAGUCACUGGGAAGUGGAGGAGCCAGUCCAGGCGUCCGAGGAGAUGGAGACCGUGUUCUGCGCCCUGGGCCUGGUGGUCGGCCUGGUGGGCAUCGUCACUGGCAGCGUGCUCGCCGUGAGGGCCCUGCACGUCAUCCGUGCCCCCCAGGGCCCCCUGCCUAACCUCUUCCCCCACACGUACGUCAACACGCCAGUGGAUUUAGUGACUUUCCCUUUACAUACAGUCACGGCAGGCAGCGCGUGGAAGCGUUCCGUGCGCCUGCGGCCUGGGUGA